AUGACGCACAACACGACACACUCCAGUGCGGCAUCUGCCGUCUUGUCUUGGGCGGCGCAAACCUCCAAUAUGCCCUCCAUCGCCGACGAGGACAUUGGCGACGUCGAUGAACCCCCCGAUUCGCGUCUGCCCUACUCGCCCAUGAAGAGCACCUUCACUCGCAACCCGAUUCGCAACUCGGUGGACGUACACCACCACCAGUCGCUGCUCACCAAGGCUCUGCACUACGAACCUGACGAGGAGCACACCGAACCCCGGUCUUCGCUUCACCUCUUUGGUCUUCGACGCUGCACUACGAGCAACGCCAGCAUUGCCUCGACAGCCGACCUGACUAGCGAUACGGGCAUGACCAGCCCGUCGCGGACCAACACACCCAGUCCUCCCCUACCUGAACUCCGCUUCCUGAAGCUGAACAACGAGCCGGCCCGUGCCGCGAAGGAGGCCCCUCUGGCAGGAGGAGAGGAGUCCCAGAAGACUGCGCCACCUAGGAAACGAUGCAUCCAGUUUGCGUGCGCCGCGAAGCCCACCGCAACGCCCAAGCCUGUUGAGGCACCGGAACCCCAGGAUCAGGCCAUCGAGUCCAAGCCUGAUGCGCCUCGGAAGCGGUGCAUCAAGUUUGCUUGCCCUGCUCCUCGACCUGUCAACCAAUCCACCCCUCCCCAACACGUUGAGCACCUUGAGGCUGCCGCUGCUCGUCUGCAGCCCCAGACCCCCGACAGCUCUCCCGCCACUGUCAGGAAGCAUCGUUUCUCUUCGAGCCACUCGCGGUCUCCCCGCCCCCCGGCGGUGUGCCGCUCCUCCCGCGACCCCGCUCGCAAGCCCAUGUCCACCAAGAAGUACAUUACUGUGGACGACAAGGAUCUUCAGAAUGAGGCGUCCCGCUUUCACGAGUUUGCCAGCGACGACCACUGUGACGAGGACUGGAUGCGAGAGACUGUUCCUGUUGCAGGCCGCAAGAUGACCGUCAAUGAUACCCUGGCGAAGGAGAAUGAGAUUCGCAAGCUCGCUAAAGAAGCUGAAGAGGAGGCUGAUGAAGAGGAAAACGAUGACGAGACGGCCAUCGAUGACGAUGACGACCUCAACGCCACCGCCGGCGAAGAGGAGGACGAUGAGGAGGACGAGGAUGAGGACGACGACGACAUUGACGACGGUCUCUCCGGCUACGUUACUGAGGAUGAGGACGAUGAUUCGAUCGGUUAUCACACUGACGAAGAGACUGGCUUUGCCGACUCGGACGACGAGGCUGAUGACGAUCUUCAGCUCUGGACUCCCGCGCAGCCCGCCCUCCGCCUUUCCGGUCUGUCAUCUACAACCCCCGUUGGACGUCGUGCGUCUAUCGGCCAUCAGUCCGAUUCCUCCCUCGGCUCUAUCAGCAGCGUCCGGGCUGUCCGUUCCGGCAAGUCUCGUCGCAUCAAGAUCCGCCCCGGCACUCCUGAGCUUCCUGACAGUACCGACUUUGUCUGCGGUACCCUUGAUGAGGACCGUCCCAUCGAAGACGCGUAUCUCUCGUGUCUUGCUGCCCGCAGGCGUGAGAAGCUUCACGUCAUUCCUCAAGACAUCGACCCUAGUUUUCCUGCGUCGGAGCCCGAAGACAACGGCGAAGAAGAGCUCUACAACCCUGUGAAGCACGCCAGCGAUGACGAUGACGUCUGGCUGCACGGCGAGAUGGAUGACCUUGACCACCAGCAAGAGAGACGCAGCCGCAAGAAGAAAAGCGAGCAUAGCUCGCCCAAGCGUUACCACUCGCCGCCCCCAAAACAGCGUUACCACUCGCCGCCUCCCAAGAACCGCGGUCGCUCACCACCCCCCAAGAGGUUGUUUGACCGCCGUUCUCCUUGCCGCAUGCGGUCACCUGCUCCUCAGGUCGUCAGGUCACCGCCUGCGUCUCUGCGUACCGGGCCUCAGGCCAUCGCCUUCAAGGAGCUCGCCUCCCGCCCGGGUCUCACCAUGACCAAGUCGCUGCCUCGCCCAGCCGCAUGGUUCAAUAUGCGCAACGGCCGUCGCAACAAGGCAUUGAUGCCCAACGCUCACGACAACGAUGUUCACAUUCGUAGUGCCAUCGACAUUGUCAAGGGGUUGGAGCAGAAGCGCCAACGUCGCAAGGAGAAGUACUACCAGAAAUACUGCAACCGCGCCCGUAAGGGACAGAAGCCAGAGCGCAAGCCUAUGCCUGGCAUGGGCUGCGUUCGCAUGAGAGAACUCGGUUUGCUCAUGGCUGGCAAGAUUGACCAAGGCAAUUAUGUCCUGUCUGUCUGA